UAACGUCAGCUUUGCAGAGCAUCGAGCGAGACAGUCAACACGAAUCAUUGUCUCGCUCUCGUUUAAAAUGAAAGCGGCAGGCGUAAACCCGGUUCCCGACAUUUAUCCGGACAGCACCAAGUAUCUGUUAUUUUAAUGAAUGCCGCGGAAGUACAUGUUUGUACACCUUUAACGAGGCAUACGCGAAUAAAUCCCGGUAAAACCGACUCUCGCACGCAAGAUUCAUCCGGCACGUUUCCAUACGCGCGUCCCAGAGAGCGUGGAAGAGUGUCGAGCACAGUACCCAAUAAUGGCAGGAUAAAUCUGUGCAAUCGCACUUCAUAUGGGAGAAACGGCUUGUUGCGACCCGCGAUAGCACAUCUCUCUCGUACGAGUAGUACAUUAAUCCUCUUCGAAGUGGAAGUGGCCCGUGUCACACGCAGAGUUUCACAGGAUGACGAACCGUUUCCCUCCCGAAAUAUAGUAUUCCCAUCGAUCAGCCAGCGCUCACUUAGUAGAAUUCAGAUCGCCGUCUUCGCAUCGAAGCAUUGUCUGGCUUGAAGCCCGUACGUCACUAAUGGGAGUAUGCGCGACCCCAGAUACCCCGGCUGCAUGACAAAUGCACUAAUCGGCCUUCAGUAUAGAAUCGUUACGCCCGCGCAAAGCUAUGAGUGAUUACUUUGACCCGACGACGGCAACGCUUCGAUGAAUAUUGAACGGAAGAACGCGAUUACAUAUUCCGGAGACAAUGCCGUAAUUUUACAGUGACGAGGGAAAGUAGAACUUGGUCGGAGCCUGGAUUUUCAAACAUCGGCGCGUAGCGUUUUAAUUUAAAAAAGUGCAAAAUAAAU